GGGGGGAUUGCUCCAGGGCAAUGGUUCUUGAUUUUGCAUACAAGAGAAACAGGUCGUAAAACCAACGUGACAGUGUGGUGGCCGAUGCAGUGAUGGACGGGAUGAGAUGAAGGGGAGGAACAGGGAGGAGAAGAAAAGUACCGACCAGAGGCAGGACGGGUUUAUUAACGAGAAACUGGAGGGCAACUGGCAAUCAGCAAUGCUCGUGGGGGCAAAUAUGGACCAGGAGGGCAAUGGCGUAUAUAGUUUGACCAAGAGACGGGAGGCAGUGGGCACGUUCCGAGCUCGGUGGCCGCGAGAGCAGCAGAGGCGGCCGGCGGUGAGAUCGUCGUGGAAUGAGGAGGGCAGGGAUCCGGAAAUCUCCAGCUGGUCACACGAUGGAGGGUUUGAUUAUGCCAGCUGGACCGUGUUUCCAGGCCGCAUCCAUCGUGGGCGCAAGGCCAGGCGUGAUCCCAGCCAGGGAAGGGUGCGGCUCUGGCAGGAAAAACAAAAGUCAGGUUCGGCCAGAGGCCGAGAUUGUAUCGUACCUUUUUUCUGUCCCAAGGCUAGAAGCUCGCCGUCAAGCUUGCAAGCCGUCGCGCAGAUCUUUAUCGUCGGGUUGCGAGGGAGGAGAAGGUGCCUGGUGCACUGAACGGGUUUUGGAAAAACACAAACGAGGUUCGCAAUGCUGUAAGCUUACGGGCUGUGACGAUGAUACGACAGGCGAGAAUGGGAAGAAGGAGCAACGAGGCUAUGGUGAACACCGACGCCCAGAGCGCUUCCUUGAUGCCUUUUAAGUCAACAACAAACAGGCCGGUGGGACUUGCCAAUCCCCCGCGCUCGCGCUCAAAAGAUUUGCCUCUCC